UCUCGGUCUAUCUAGUUUCUCUCUUACACUUGCUGUCCCGUGGAUGCUCUGUCGCUGAAAUCUUGUACCAAAUUAUCUCGUUCAGUCGUCGCGAAAAGAAGAAUGUUACGCGUUCUCACCGCUGUGCUCCGAGGUAGCACGCGCGCUGUGGCAAGCGUUCCUAUAAAAUCAGCAGAAUGUAGAAUUCCAUCAAUUUUGAAAAAAUCUGACGUUUCCAUUGUCGGGUUUAAGUCACAAACCAAAUAUUUUUCUCUGUUAUGUAAAACAUCUUUGAAUUCAACAACACACAACAAUAAUGAAACGUUGCUCAGACCAUCUGCAUCUUCGAGUGUUCCACAAAUGAAUGGCCAAGUGACAAAAAUUCCGAUCAGAACUGUAACGAAAUAUACCAGAUAUAAGGGAAAGCGACAGUCGGUCAAAACGGUGCUUCGUCGAUUUUAUAGACUCAAUUGGGGCAUAUGGAUAAGAACAAAAGCUGGUCGUCACAAAAGAUUGUGGAAAAAAAGUGCAAACCGAAAACAACGUCUGCGUCGUCAUGUAUUCACGACUGCGAGUCAGUCACGUUUAUUAGACACAAUGGUGACCAAAUUCUGGAGACGUCCUAAGUACUAUGUUGACGAUCCUUACAAUCCUUAUCACACUCGCGAUUCGUUUUAUUUAACUCGGAGAGUUCCCCGAAUCCCUUAAUGGGUGCACGGGUAUCCCGUUAUAAUAUAAGAGAAUGAAAAAUAAAACAUGGGUCCGCUGCAA